UUAAACGCCCCGCGGAGAGGAGCCAUCAGAGAUCACCAGACAUCAGAGGAGAAGCUCGGCCUCAGCAGCUCUCAGCAGCGGGCAGAAUGGACUGAUAAACAUCACUGUUUGGGGCGAUGUUCAGAUUUAGUUUGCCAUGGAAACGGAUAUGAUACCAAAAUUCUCCUCAAAAGACGAGGAAAUUGACUUCUGGAAGGCUCUUUCUCUCAAGUACAAGGAAGGGUGCCAGGAGGCUCGCGAGGAGCUGCUGGAGUUUCAGGAGGGGAGCAGGGAGCUGGAGGCCGAGCUGGAAGCACAGCUGGGCCAGGCCGAGACUCGUAUGAAGGACCUGCAGUCUGAGAACCACAGACUCAAGCAAGAUGUCGAAACGCUCAAGGAGAGGGUUGAGCAGCAGUACACUCAGAGCUACAAGCAGAUCUCCAUGCUGGAGGACGACCUGGGCCAAACGCGCAGCAUCAAGGAGCAGCUCCACAAAUACGUCCGAGAGCUGGAACAGUCCAACGACGACUUGGAGAGAGCCAAAAGAGCUACCAUCGUGUCCCUGGAGAACUUCGAGCAGCGUCUGAACCAGGCGAUCGAGAGGAACGCCUUCCUGGAGAGCGAGCUGGAUGAGAAGGAGUCGCUUUUGGAGUCUGUGCAAAGAUUAAAGGAUGAAGCCAGAGACCUGCGGCAGGAGCUGGCCGUACGAGAGAGGCAGUCAGAUGUAACCAGGAUGUCCGCUCCGAGUUCGCCCACACAGGACAAUGAGAAGAUGGACACUGCUGUUCAGGCCUCCCUCUCUCUCCCUGCUACACCACUGAGCAAAGGUCUGGACAACGCCUUUGCCAACCCAACAGUCCUAUCAAACGGUUUUGGCAGCAACUCCCCGCUGACUCCCUCCGCCAGAAUAUCGGCCCUCAACAUCGUCAGUGAUUUACUCCGGAAAGUUGGGGCCCUGGAGUCAAAGCUCGCCGCUUGCAGGAACUUUGCCAAGGACCAGAAAGCGAGGAAGGCGUACUCUCUCGACAACAGCAACGUGCUCAACGCAAACACCGCAAACUACUCGCAAUCACUCCACACAUCAUAUUUUGACAAAGCGACAGAGAUGGUCACAUUCCCCGCAUUGAUUCUGGCAGGACGGUGAACGGACUGAAACCUGGAACCCUGACAGCCAUCACCGCCCCUCCUGCUGCCUCCUCCCCAGGCUUAGUGCCCCUCGCUGUGUGACGGUAACCCCAACUCCUAAAAUGGAAAAUCACAUCUAUAAAAAGAGAAGGCCUCAGACAAAUAUUGUAAAACGUUAUUGAUGUACUAUCACCCCAGGACCCGAUCCUCGGUCAUUAUGGGUCCCUGUCUGUCUGUAUAUGUCAUGUGUUGCUGUAUCUGCUGUUUGCUCACUGGCUUGUACAAAGAUCCACUCUCUUCACACAUUUAAACAUUUAUUAAGGAUCUCACCCUGAUUUGUGAAAUGUGUGCACUAUAUCAACUAAAAAGGGAAAUAUUAUGCAAUUAAAAUGUUUUUUUAAAUUUUAUUAUUAUUAUUUUUCACUACUUUUAACCAGCAAUAACUUCAGUUAAGGUGACCGUUAAGUGCACUCACUGCUGAAACCAUGAAUUAAAAAAUAACCAGUUAAAUUAGUGGCAGAUGUCCUGGAUAAUUGUCCACCACAUAUGGCCUCCAUCAAAUAUUGAUGUUUUCAAAAGGUUAAUGUUUUAAACAUUAUCUCUAUGAUUUUGUCUUUUAACUGUUAUCUCGUGCCCCCUGUUUUUUAUUGGAUUUGGUUUUGAAAGAAGGGGAGUCUUUGUGUCAUUGUAGUGAGUCAAGUGUACCAUCUAUCCUCUGAACUAUGUGACAUGAUGUGUACAGUAUUGGUCAUAUUGAUCGUUAUUUAUAGACGGACAUUAAAGUGGUGCUGUCGUCGUGUUCAGACCAGUUAACCAGCAUUCUUGUGUUCUGUCGUCAAAGUGUUUGAUCUGUUUUUAAAAGCUUUGAUUUAUCACACGACAUGUUUUCAGUACACGAUGAGCAGAUGAAGCACUUUGACUUUGUGUGAGCUCACUUUUUAUUCUUUUUCAUUCAUGUGCAAUAUUCUGUUAUAGUUUGUGGGUUUAAUUUAUUUCAGAUUUCUUUUUACAGCAUGUUUUAAUAAAGUGUGUUAUUACACUCCA